UCCCUAUGUCUUUCCUUUCUGAUUUUUCCUUUAGUUAUUACUCCAGUUUUAUUAGAGCCCUCCAAAUCCUACUGUUUAAACUGUCAUUAUUUCACAAUCAACUACCUUGAGUGGAUGCCAUAAUUUUCUUCAAGCUCAAAAGCCACAAUGGAGGCUGCUACUCCAUUGUACCACUUCAUUUCUUCACAUCAGCCAUUCACCCAAAAGCAGCCCAGAAGAUAUUCCACAAAUUUUGGCCUUAUAAAUGUAGCAGAAACACUUCCUGAAACUUCACCCUCAACCUCACCUUCUCCACUUUCUUCAUCGCAAUUUGAUUAUGAAAAAGAGUUCCACUCACUAAAUUCAGUUAGAGCUAUGCAUGCCAAGAUGAUAAAAUUGUCUAGAGAACGGGAUUCAAAGAGAAAUAUGCAGUCUUUUAUCUCAGCUUACUUGGAAUUUGGUGAUUUUCAAUCAGCUGCUGUGUUAUUCUUUGUGGGGUUUGCAGAGAACUAUUUGUAUUGGAAUUCUUUCCUUGAAGAAUUUAGUUAUUUUGGUGGAAACCCAUGUGAAAUUCUUGAAGUUUUCAGUGAGUUACAUAGUAAAGGAGUGAACUUUAACACUGAAAUUCUAGCCUUUGUCUUGAAAAUCUGUUCAAAGUUAAGAGACACGUGGCUAGGAUUGGAAGUCCAUGCUUGUUUGAUCAAGAAAUGUUUUAAUUUAGAUGUCUAUACACAAUGUGCACUAAUGAAUUUUUAUGGGAGGUGUUGUGGGACAGAGAGGGCGAAUAAGGUGUUUAAAGAAGCGUUAAUCCAUGACUCUUUAUUGUGGAAUGAAGCAAUUUUGGUUAAUUUAAGGGAUGAGAAAUGGGCAGAAGGUCUACAAAUGUUUUGUGAAAUGCAGGCAUUACAUGUUAAGGCCAAUGGCUUAACCAUUUCCAAAGUUUUGCAAGCCUGUGGGAAAUUGGGAGCUCUUGAUGAAGGAAAACAGAUUCACGGGUAUGUUAUCCGAUAUGAAUUAGAAUCGAAUAUACUGAUACGUACUGCACUGAUCAACAUGUAUGUGAAAAAUGACAAAAUCAAAAUUGCUAGAGUAGUUUUUGAUUUAACAGACAAUCGUAAUCUGCCUUGUUGGAACAGUAUUAUUUCGGGGUAUAUUGCACUUGGUUACCUUGAUCAUGCGUGGGAGCUAUUUAAUGAAAUGAUAACUUCCAACAUAAAACCGGAUAUAAUAACCUGGAACUGCCUUUUAUCUGGUCAUUUUCUUCAUGGAUCACAUCGAGAGGUUUUGGCGAUUCUGAGAAGGAUGCAAAGUGCUGGUUAUCAGCCAAAUCGCAACUCUAUAACCAGUGUUCUUCAAGCAGUGACUGAAUUAGGCUAUUUAAAUCAUGGUAAGGAGAUCCAUUGCCAUGUUAUAAGAAAUGGACUUGACUAUGACCUGCAUGUUGCAACUUCACUAGUAGAUAUGUAUGUGAAGAAUGAUGAUUUGACAUCUGCUCAAGCUGUUUUCGAUUGUAUGACAAACAGAAACAUUUGUGCUUGGAAUUCAUUAAUUUCUGGUUAUUCCUGCAAGGGACAUUUUGAAAAAGCUAGUAAUCUUUUAAAUCAGAUGAAGGAAGAAGGUAUUAAACCAGAUAUAGUGACAUACAAUAGCAUGGUUUCUGGUUAUUCAGCGUCUAGCUGCAUUAAGGAAGCUUUGGGUAUGAUUAGAAGGAUCAAAAGUUGUGGCAUGUCUCCUAAUGUCAUUUCAUGGACCUCUUUAAUAUCAGGUUGUUCACAGCAAGGAUAUUUUAGAGAAGCAUUUGAGUUUUUAAUUCAGAUGCAGGAUGAAGGUAUCAAAGUCAACUCAGUUACAAUUUCAAGCUUACUUCAAGCAUGUGCAGGUCUCUCUUUGUUAGAUAUUGGGAAAGAGAUACACUGCCUGUGUAUACGAAACAAUUUUAUAGGUGAUGUGUAUGUAUCUACCGCUCUCAUAGACAUGUACAGUAAGUGUGGGAACUUAGAAAAUGCUCAGAAGGUUUUCCAAAGACUUGAGUAUAAAACAUUAGCUUCCUGGAAUUCCAUGAUCACCGGAUUUGCCAUAUACGGCCUUAGCACAGAGGCAAUUUCAGUCUUUGAUAGAAUGAGAGAAGCAAACGUCCAACCAGAUGCAAUAACUUUUAUAGCUCUUCUAUCUAGUUGUAAACAUUCUGGUUUGCUCGAUAAAGGUUGGAAAUAUUUUGAUCAUAUGAAGACGGAUUUUGGAGUUAUCCCCACAAUUGAGCAUUACUCUUGCAUGGUUGAUCUACUGGGAAGAGCCGGUUACCUUGAUGAAGCAUUGGAUUUUAUUCAGUCAAUGCCGAUGGAGCCAAAUGCUGCUGUUUGGGGUGCUCUUCUUACAUCAUGUCGGAUCCAUGGAAACGUGGAGCUUGGAGAGAUUGCAGCAGAAUACCUUUUCAAGUUAGAGCCAUAUAAUGCAGCUAAUUAUGCCUUAAUGAUGAACCUCUAUGCACUUUCAAACCGAUGGAAGGAUGUCGAUCGUACCAGAGACAAGAUGGAAGCAAUGGGAGUGAAAAUCGGACCGGUAUGGAGUUGGGUACAAGUCAAUCAGAGGAUUCACAUCUUCUCUACAGCAGGAAAAACUCAUCAAGAAGAAGGAGAGAUAUACUUUGAACUGUACAAGUUAAUAUCUGAGAUGAAGAAGUUGGGCUAUAUACCUGAUACUAAAUGUGUUUGUCAGGACAUUGCUGAAGUGGAGAAAGAAAAGGUGCUACUUGCUCACACUGAGAAACUGGCAAUUACAUAUGGAUUAAUCAGGACCACAAGUCCUGCACCUAUUAGGGUGAUCAACAAUACAAGAAUAUGCUCAGACUGUCAUACAGUUGCAAAAUACAUGUCAUUGCUGAGGAGGCGAGAGAUUUUCCUAAAAGAUGGCGUCCGCUUUCACCACUUUAAGGAUGGUAAAUGUUCUUGCUGUGACUUCUGGUAGAGGUACGACUAGCAUCUUCUUCUCCUAAAACAGAAAACAGCUCUUGUGUCAUAGCAGUUUUGUACAUGGUAUUUUUUGUAACAUAUGAAGUUCAUAGAUGUUUGACAUAUGAAUACAGGGAUACUUGGAAUCAGUUUAAGUGUUAUUA